CGCGGGGUUCCCUGUCCCGAGAAUGCGGACGGAACACGCGCCGCGCCUCGCACGGUGCCCGCGCCGAGCCGUCCCUCGGGAAGUCCCGGCCGGCAGCAGAACCCCCUGCACUCCGCCUCCCUUCCUGGUACCCCUGCUCACCCCGCAUCCACCCCAUCUCCUCCGCCUCUCCUCAAAGCCACCCCCAGCCAUCCUACGCCGUUAUAUAUCUUUCUAUAUAUCUUCCUGACGGUGAGACGGCGACAUGGAGACCCUGGUGGCGUAGUGGUUCAGAGCUACGUCUGCUACCCGAAAGGUCCCUUUCUGAAGGAUUUUCAAGGUCCUGGUUGUUGUUGAGAUGAGCUUGGUACUUAGAAACCUGCAGCGAGUUGUGCCCAUUAGGAGGGUCCCACUGCGGAAGAGGAUUGAGGUGGUGAGGGGCGUCUUAGGUGUGCAGAAGUUUGACCUGGGAGUCAUCUGUGUGGACAACAAGCAUAUUCAGCACCUUAACAGGAUCUACCGAGAGAAAAAUGUCCCAACGGAUGUACUUUCUUUUCCAUAUCAUGAGAAUCUGAAAGCAGGUGAGAUUCCCCAGCCUGACUUUCCAGAGGACUAUAACCUGGGAGACAUCAUCCUGGGAGUGGAGUAUAUCGUCCAGGAGUAUAAAGAAAACGAAGACUACUAUGACAUCCUGGCUGUGACAGCCACCCACGGGCUGUGCCACCUGCUGGGCUUCACACAUGACACGGAGGCCGAGUGGCAGAAGAUCUGCCUGCUGUGCACAGGUGGCCGUGAAACUCAGCAGGGACAGGCUUCCCAAGAAAGGGGUGCUUUGGUCGCCUAGCACCGCCGUAACAGAAAUACCCCAAGGGGAUGUCUUUAAAAAACAUGUUCCAGAAGGAGAAGCAGGUCCUGAAGGAGCUGAACUGCCGCAUGGGGACCAGGCUGCAGCCGCUCAGCAGGGGCCUCUUCUGACCUUGGCCUUGCAAGGAGGGGCGGCUAAGACCCAGGGGCUCCAGCAGGACAGCGAGGUGGAGGUGGGCCCUUCCCUCUUGGGUCCACCAGGGGACUCUUUGGGCUUCUGCUGUCCUCUGGGACCACAAUGGUACCAGCCCAAGUGGGGGCUAAAUUGCACGAGUGGAGCCUGACUAUUAAAGUAUGCGAGGGUUAUUUAAUGUCACUGUCAUAAAGUCAUUCCUAAACCCCUUAGAACUGGGACAUGGAGCAUAUAAACCCCGCCCUCUUCUCUGGGCCCUGUGUCUGGUACUGAGGAGCUCCCCCUCCCACCUUGUAGGCAGCCCUCCCUGCUCAGCCUGAUGGCCUCAGGCCCUUAUUAUCAGUCACGACUCACAGACACUGGGGACCUACCAAUCCAGGCUGUUCCCUCCCCACCCUGAUGGACAGGGUCCUGACAGUUGUCCUGGAGCAAGAGAGUCUGUCUGUCCCCCUCAGGACAGCCCUCUGCCCGGGUCCCAACAAGGGGCAUGGCCCAGGGGUGAGGUCAAUGCCAAUGAUGCAGCAACUGGGGUCAGAAGGCAGCCCCGAUCAGUGGACAGGCCCUGAGGCCCCAUGAGUGUGGAUGCCCCACUGGGGCUGAACUGGGUCACAGGUGCAUCAGGUGGCUGAGCCAGGUGAGACUCACCCACUUGUUGCCUGAAGACAGCUGUGCACAGCGAGGGUAUGAGCCCAUCCAGAGGGCUAAGCAGCUCCUGCUCCCCUGUCCCGCAGGGAGCCACCCCAGGGGGUGUUUCAGUCCUACCUCUCCCCGGGAAGCCUCUCUGUGGACUUUGUCAUUAACAGGUAGAACAAGGGAGGGCCACUCAUCCUCCCUCACCCACUUGGGCAGGGCAUUUGUUAACAGCUCCCAGGGGUUUUCCUCAGGUCCUUGUGGCCCCUGGGAUCCUGGCCUUUUCCCAAAAGCCUUUGUCUUUCUCAGCCUUUGGAUUGCUGGGCUAAUCUUUGUCAGGAAAGAACCCCAGCCUCAUGAUGCCAAAAUAAACAGUGGAUCUGAGCAAGACAG